CGGGAGAGGAAGGCUCUUUUUCGGUCAGAUGGCGUGCUGCAGUCCGCCCCCGCCAUUCUCCAGCCCACACAGACAGGGCAGCCGGCAACCAAUGCGCUGCGCCGGAGGAGGAUUUCUGCCAGUGAUUUCAGACGAGAAACGAUAAGCACACGGGAUUUACUACGACAGUCUGAGCAACGGCAGCUUUCGGCAAUAGGCAACUGGUUUCCCUCCGGGAGUCCGUACCUUGUGACAUCGGUGAUUUGGAGAGAUAUCCGUCCGUGAAAACACUUUCUGCACAUCCGUCUUUCUGCCCUCAAAAAAGAGCUGUGUGCCAUGUCUUUGCCACGCACACUUGGCGAGUUGCAGCUGUAUCGGGUGUUGCAGAGGGCCAACCUGCUGGCCUAUUAUGAAACCUUCAUCCAGCAGGGUGGUGACGACGUGCAGCAGCUUUGUGAGGCAGCAGAGGAGGAGUUCCUGGAGAUCAUGGCGCUAGUCGGCAUGGCCACCAAGCCACUGCAUGUGCGUAGGCUCCAGAAGGCCCUCCGAGACUGGGCGGCAAACCCUGCCCUUUUCAGCCAGCCCGUCUCCAAUGUUCCUCUAGGGGGCAUUCCGCUGUUCAAAGUGGACGGAACGGGUACUGGUGGAUCAGCAGGCGGGCCCAGGAAGCCUGUCAGCAACGGGCAGCCCGGGUCCCCCUGUGAAAGGGAAGAUCGGGCGUGUCUUACUCCAAUGCACAAUGGGAGUCCAAGAAGCCCUUGCUCCCAGGCUUCCCCACAGCCACCAGACACACACUACAGGGAAAAACUAUCUCCCAUGGAUCCACACUGGCUCAGCCCAGAGCCAGAUGGGAACUGCACUUUGGCAUCUGGACUAGAUGAGGAGCCUCCCAGCCCGCCUCUGCUGUCAACGUGUCAUCCAGGUCCCUCCACGUCUCCUAGCCCCUCAGCUUCCUUUUCCCCGUCAGUCCUCUCAGCCUGGCCUGGCGGACAGCUGGACGGGGAGACGGGGAGGGCGGUGGUGGAGAGCGUGGAGAGGCUCCUCAGGACACUGUCCAGGUCAGAUCCUGCAGAGGUGAGGACUCUGCUUAGGAUGAACAAGAAACUGGCCAAGACUGUUGGACACAUCUUCAAAAUGGGGUCUCAGGAUGUGAACAAAGAAGAAGAGAUCCGGAAGUACAGUCUCAUUUAUGGGCGCUUUGAUUCCAAGAGGAGAGAGGGGAAGCAGCUCACACAUCAUGAGUUGAUCAUCAAUGAAGCUGCAGCCCAGUUCUGUAUGCGUGACAAUGCCCUUUUGUUGAGACGGGUGGAGCUCUUUUCUUUGGCUCGGCAGGUGGCGAGAAAAUGUGCCUACACCUCCACACUAAAGCAUGCAAGGACAAACGCAGAUGACAACAGUGUAGUGUCCCAGAAGAGAGCAAGACAUGAGGGGAUGAUGCCUGAGAACGUCUCAUUGGUUCUUGGAGUUGAGGGCUCGGAGGGCUUGACCCAGAGGGGAGAUGAUGACAGUUUAUCUGCAGAAAGCUUCGACAGUGUGUCUCACGACAUCGGCUCACAGUGUAACCAGUCUGCGUCCCCCCGUCCCCACACGGACACGUCCAACCCUGCCAACUGGAGUCGCCAUCUCAUCCAGCAAACGCUAAUGGAUGAAGGGCUGCGAUUGGCUCGGAUGGUGUCACAUGAUCGGGCUGGGAAGAUCAGCUUAGGGUCAGAAAGAACACUUUCUACAGAACAUGACAGUAAAGUGGAGAGGCGCAGCUUGAUAACAGUGUGCAGGAGCAGCAGCCCUUGCCUCUCCAAAGACGACUCUAAUCACCGGGGGAAAUGAAAAGACUCAUCCUUUGUCAGAGAACUUGUCCUACGGCCUGACGCUGAACUCCACUCAGUCUGCUACACUGGCUGCUAAUGACACCGACAUCUGAUAAGGAGAAGACUCAAAAUCAGUACAGUCAUUGUCCAAGUUGGACCAUUCCAUAGACUUGCAGCGACUCAGACAUUUUCUGUUCUGACAUUACAUUCCAUUGUGUUCACGGGAGACUCUUCUUGCUGAUUUCCUUAUUAAAUAUAUGGAUGACAUGUCCUGUAGAAUUUAGCAAAUAGAAGAAUAAUGUACUAAUUCAGGGGAAAACUUGAUAUUUUAUUAGGUUAUUCAGUUUAUUUGCAGUUCCGUGUAUUGACAGGACACUUGACACAGCAGGGGGCACUACAACUUAGAAAUGGACAACUACAGUAACAUAAUGUCAAGGACAUUCAUUGGAAUAAUUUUGUGUAGGUUUUCAGCAGCCCGCAAUCUAAAAAACGCUUGAUAACUCUCUCAGCAGCUCAUCACCCUCAAGAAACAAAUGGAGGUUCUGUUUUUUUAGAUUUAAAGAUGGAAAUAAAUCUCCACUUUGAUGGAGUAUUGAAUGGAACACGCUGAUCUAGAUUCCCCAGAGGGUAAACCGCUGUUCAGACGGGCUUUUGUCUUUUGCUGCAGCGUCCGAUCGCCUAUGAGUGCUUCAAAAACACAUUGGUUAUGACACAUGAAGCCGCCGGUCUUUGUCAUCCUCUCCCUCGCAUCUUUCUGUAAUAUCUUGCACAAGCAGCUGAAAUGCUGUUUUGUAGGAGAUGAUACUUCAGGCUAUUCAUUAUGGGAAAAUGUACUCAGAACACCUUAAUCUAAACUGGAUAGCAGGAGUUAAAAGCACUGGUUCUUUUUGAUUUCCAGUCGACAGUUAACCUCUCAGUUGCUUCUCUUUACACAUCAGGGCCCUGUCAGCCGGGAGGAGGCUUGCUGUCAUUAGCGACUCUCACCCUUACUUUAUUGUUGCUUCCACUGUACAGCCUGGGAGGAGAGUGCAUGAAGAACAUUUGCCUCGGAAUUUCCAGAAAAUUGCUGCAAUUAUUGUAGGUUUAGCAGAAACAUAUUGCAUUGUAUUGUUGAGAUCAUUUCUGUACUCUACGUCAAUUUCCUUUAAGACUCAUUGUUAAUUAAGGGGACUAAUCAUUCUUUACUAAGCUAUAGGCGGAGAAAAUAAACAGACAUACAGGUUUUCAAAAAUAAAUCUCAUGGUGCUUGACUCUUGAUACAGCAGCUCCUGUGAGAUCCAUCAGCCACUUUAUCCCUGUUUAACAUUGUUACUGUGUAUUCAGGCUCCAUGUAAUGAAAAGGCUAAAGCUGAUAAUUGCUGAAAUUAUUAUCUUUAUAUACUUAAUCUCAGAAUGUCAUUGAGGUAGACCGCCUUGCAUCAGUUACACUUGCCUGUCUCUUGAGCAUUAGUAACCUCCUCAGUUUAUUAUGUUGCAAAACAGAUUAUUUAUUUUGUUACAGUUAAAUAAAUGUUAUUUUAUUGCUAA